UACACGAUUACAUUUGGAGCUUCACGAUCUCACAUGGAUCAUUUUGCGUCCAUUCCAACAUUUAGGAUAGAUGUGACACAAACACUGAGAUUCUUUACAUUUGUAAGAAAUACUACAAGACAAACCAUAUUUAUCUGGCACUUCGCUAGAAAUUUCUCAACCAUUUGUUUUGUCUUGUUUUGCGAAGCACAAGAUCAAGGUCAACCGUCUUCCUCCUAGAAACCCUCUCUAUCACAACAUUCCCCAAUUUCCUCGUUUAUGUCUUCCAUGGCUAGCCCUCGUCCUCGCCCUCCAUCCCCUACAUACUAACAUUUGCACUAAUAACAUCAAUUUUCUUCACAUUUUCUCUCCCAUUCUUCUUGUACAAACAAUGGCAGCAUCAUUGUCUUCUCUCCCCCUCCUCCUCAUCCUCCUCCUCUUCCUUCCAUUCUCACGCUCCAAACUCACCCUCGACUACUACGACAAAACAUGCCCACAAUUCCACGACAUCCUGCAACGAAUCUCCAUCGAAAAACAAAUGGCCAACCCCACCACUGCCGCCGCCACCAUUCGCCUCUUCUUCCACGACUGCCUGGUGGACGGUUGUGAUGCCUCCACGCUCAUCUUCUCAACUGCCUUCAAUAAAGCCGAACGCGACGCCGAAAUCAACCUCUCCUUAGCUGGCGACGGUUUCGACAUCAUCACACGUGCCAAAACCGCGCUUGAGCUCCAGUGCCCAGGCAUCGUCUCUUGUUCUGACAUACUCGCCACCGCUGCGCGUAACCUUGUUGUCACCACCGGCGGCCCGUACUACAAAGUCCGACUAGGACGUAAAGACGGACUCGUCUCACAAGCGUCACGCGUGGCAGGAAAUAUUGCGAAAGAAGACAUGACAUUAACACAAAUCAUCUCGCUUUUCGAAGCUAAAGGUCUUACGGUGAAAGAAAUGGUGGCUUUAGUCGGCGCACACACAGUGGGGUUUUCUCACUGUGAAUCAUUCGCUAAUCGGAUUUUCAAUUUUAGCAAAAAUUCCGAAUAUGACCCUUCGAUGAAUCCCAAGUACGCUGAAGGGCUAAGGAAAUUGUGCGCAAAUUACACAAAAGACCCUGAAAUGUCAGCGUUCAAUGACGUGAUGACACCUGGCAAGUUUGAUAAUAUGUAUUUCCAGAAUCUGCAUCGGGGAUUGGGUUUGUUGGCGUCCGAUCAAGUGAUGGCGGUGGACAAGAGGACUAAGCCGUUCGUGGAUUUGUACGCCGCGAAUCAGACGGCGUUUUUCAAUGAUUUUUCUCACGCGAUGGAGAAGGUUAGCGUUUUGAAUGUCAAGACUGGGAACAAAGGAGAGGUGAGACGCAAGUGUAGCGAGUUUAACCAUUACGUUGGCGGGAAAUAGAAGGACUACUAAUAUUAUAAUAUAUACAUGCAUGCAGCGCAAACUUACACAUUCGUUUAUUUGUAAU